CCGCUCAGUUUCGUUUCCUCGCGGGCCUCCAGCGGUCGUGUGUGGCAGUCGCGGCCGCAGUUCCAGCGCGUCCCGUCCAGUCCCCAGGAGCGCCAUGGCGGAGCUGGUCCCCUUGGCCGAGGAGCUGUCGUGCUCCAUCUGCCUGGAGCCUUUCAAGGAGCCGGUCACCACGCCCUGCGGCCACAACUUCUGCGGCUCGUGCCUGGACGAGACGUGGGCCGUCCAGGGCCCACCGUAUCUGUGCCCGCACUGCCGCGCCAGCUACCACGCGCGGCCGCAGCUGCGCAAGAACACGGUGCUGUGCGCGGUGGUGGAGCAGUUCCUGCAGGCGGAGGAGGCCCGGGCGACGCCCCCGCCCCCCGACGACUGGAAGCUGCCCACCCGCGCCGCCGCGCCCAGCCCGGCGGGCCCGGUGGCCUGUGACCACUGCCUGAAGGAGGCCGCCGUCAAGACGUGCCUGGUGUGCAUGGCCUCCUUCUGCCGGGAGCACCUGCAGCCGCAUCUGGACAGCCCCGCCUUCCGGGACCACCAGCUGCAGCCCCCGGUCCAGGACCUGAUGCGCCGCAAGUGCCCCCGGCACAACCGGCUGCGGGAAUUAUUCUGCCCCCAGCACGACGAGUGCAUCUGCCACAUCUGCCUAGUGGAGCACAAGGCCUGCUCGCCUGUGCCCCUGAGCCAGGCCAGCGCCGACCUGGAGACCAAGCUAAAGCAUAAGCUGACCGUCAUCUACAGUCAGAUCAAUGGGGCCUCGAGGGCUCUGGAGGACGUGAGAGCCCGGCAGCACGAUGUGCGGGAGGCUACGAAUCGGAGGAUGGAGCAGCUGAGACAGGAGUACAUGGAAAUCAAGGCGCUCAUCGAUGCUGCAGAGGCCACCUCCACACGGAAGAUAAAGGAAGAGGAGAAGAGAGUCAAUACCAAGUUCGACAACAUCUACCAGAUCCUUCUCAAGAAGAGGAGUGAGAUCCAGAAUCUGAAGGAGGAGGUUGAACUUGCCCUGACCAAGGGGGACGAGUUCGAGUUUCUGGAGAAAGGGCUAAAGCUGCAAGGAGUGUCCACAAAGCCGGUCUACGUCCCCAAGGUGGAGCUAAAUCAGGAGCUGAUAAGGGGUGUCUGUCAGGGCACCUCAGACCUCAAAGAUGAGCUGAAGCGGUAUAUCAGGCAGUCCCAGGACAAGAAGCCUGAGGAACCCACCGGCUCAGGGAACCCCGGAGAGCAUGGCCCAGCACCCACGCACAAACCCACCCACUCUGCGAAAAAGGCCCCUAAAGAAGAAAAGAAACCCAAGAAACCUCCCCCUGCCUCAGCCUCCAAGAUGCCCACCUUCGGAGCCUCGGCCACCAAGAUGCCCACCUUCGGAGCCCAGGGAGAGUUCCUGGAUCCGGAGGGUAUAGGCAAAGCCCCCACUGCACAGCCCAACGCAGCGGCCGUCAAGGCCAAGGUGCUGGAGACCUUCUUAGCCAAGUCCAGGCCCGAGCUCCUGGAGUAUGCCAUUAAAUUCAGCCUGGACUACAACACGGCCCACAACAAGGUGGCGCUGUCGGAGAACUACACGGUCGCCUCUGUGGCUGAAUCACCCCUGAACUACCAGCCGCAUCCCAAGAGGUUCAUGUACUGCUCCCAGGUGCUGGGCCUGCACUGCUACAAGAAAGGGAUCCAUUACUGGGAGGUGGAGCUGCAGAAGAACAACUUCUGCGGGGUGGGCGUCUGCUACGGCAGCAUGCCGCGCCAGGGCCCCGAGAGCCGGCUCGGCCGCAACAGCGCCUCGUGGUGCGUGGAGUGGUUCAACACCAAGAUCUCUGCGUGGCACAACAACGUGGAGAAAACGCUGCCCUCCACCAAGGCCACGCGGGUCGGCGUGCUGCUCAACUGUGACCAUGGCUUCGUCAUCUUCUUUGCUGUCUCCGACAAGGUCCACCUGAUGUAUAAGUACAAAGUGGACUUCACGGAAGCGCUGUACCCAGCCUUCUGGGUGUUCUCUGCCGGUGCCAUGCUCUCCAUCUGCUCCUACAAGUAGGCAGGCCACAGACGUGGGCCUCUGCGGCCCCCGGCUUGUGGCGACGGAGCCACAGGUGGACCUCUCUGCGGGUCUCCUGUGAUUCCCCGGGGGUUGAGACUGUUUGGGGGGUGGGGACUGGUGGGAGGCAGGGGUCGGGGGAUGGGGUAAGAGGAGAGAUCCGGCCAGAGCAAGGGGUGGGGGUGAUGGCAUCAUGGGCCAGGAGGUAUGGCCACGUCCUUGUACCUGUCAGGGCAGGGUGAGCUCCUCCUUGUUCUGGUAGGUCUCCAGCUGCUGGCAGCUGGACGGGGCUCUGAGGGGUAAAAUCCUGAGCGCCCUUCUCUGUUGCAGGGAGUCUGCAGCCACUGCGUGCUCUUCCCCAGGCGACGUGGCGUGAGCUCCUUUGCUGCCCGGAACAGCCUUCGGAUCUUAGUGUUUUGAUUACUUCCAUAGGGCUAUUCAACGCAAUAGAUUUUUAAAAAAAUUCCAAAAUAACUGAAUUUCAAUAUUAUUCAUCACCCCCCCUAACGUGGGGAUUCGGGUAUUUUAAGAGAAACUACCCAUGGCAGAUCUCCACCCAGAUCAGAGUUUCUGGAAGGUGUGUGUCCUCUCCCCCCACUUGAAAAUAGCCCUGCUCCCCUUCCUCUCCUACCUCACACACCCCAUCGAUGGUUUUCAAAUGUUCAACGCAACAGGAAACUUUUCAGGCUAAGGUUUCGAACCAUGAUCUGGAUCAGCCUCUGUGGAAUUUGUGAUUCAAGGUCAAGGUGACCCAGGUCCCAUGGAUGGAAACCCCUCCUGUUUCCCACUCUUGGCAGACAUUCUUUGGCUGUACCCAGAGCUUGGGGGAGGCCUUCUUCCUGUAGCUUAGGCUUUGGGGCAAGGAACUCCAUGGGGCAAGAGCGACCCUGCUCUGGGUUGACAGAGUGUGGUGGUUUUGCUCCUACUAGAGUGUCGUCUUGCCCUCCUACUGAUGACUGGACUCCGUGAUAGCCUUUCUUCCCCAGGACAGAGAGCCUGGAUUGGCUGGUGGAGAGACCACGGUGGCCAGCACAGGACAACUAGGCUUUCUCUCCAUAGCCUGUAGUCACGCGGGCGGGUCAUGCGGGGCUGCCUCCGGGACCACACUAGCUUACCUGCUGGGGUGACUACCUGUGGCCCACAGCGUUUCUGGCAGAUCCCUGGGAAGCAAGAGCAUUCCUGUUUAUCCCCGGCCACAGGCUGCACGCCCAGGGCUGGCCCUCAUGGGAGUCAGAUGCCCGUCACUCGCUCUAGCCCCUGCUCUUUUCCUCCUUUGAGCUAAUUCCAGAUGUCGGGCUUGACCAGGCUAGGGGGCCCAGAGACUUUAAGGGCCAGGGAGAGAACGCCCCACGGGGCUCAAGCACAAGGGGCUAAUUUUCCUGCAGCAUUUCUGUGCAGUGAAAAUAACCCCAGUCUGCAAAGAGGAAGGAGGGAAUGGACUGCCAGAAUUUCCCGAGCUCCUUAUAUCCUGAUGUCAGGAUGUAAAUUCCCAAUCCAAAGUGGGAGGAAUUUAACCUCCCGUUGGUGAAAUGAAGCCUGCUCUGGACACUCCUAAGUUGGGGAGGGGGCUCAGAUCAGGCUCUUCGUGGUGUUAAACAGAGGUCAUCAUUGGGGAUCUGGGGACCCCAGACCUCUUCUAUGAAUAUAUGAGAAUUUAACACAUCUGUGGUCUCGUGCUGGAAUUCCGGGGCACUCCAGUCAGGCCCGGAGCCCUGGAAAUUCCCGACAGGUGUGAAAGGACUUCCACUUCCUUGGGAGGGAGAUCCUCUUUGUAGGGAAGAGAUCCCUACAGUAG